AUGAAUCGCUUAAUGUCGUUCCUCUCUUCCUUCGGUGCACGAAGAGAGCUAAGAGUCAAAGCCACGUACAUUUCACCAAAAUUUUUCCUGUCGAUACAACAUUCAUCAGAGAAGGCCUCGCCAUUGGUCCAAACAGACUCUGCAUCAAGCACGGAGAAAAAAUUGCUCGAUAGAUGGCUGGAUCAGGUGGUUUCAUUUUCUGGCUCUGGCAUAGCAACAUUCCUUAUCCUGGCAUGUCUCUUGACUUGGGCUCUUCUUGGCAUUAGAUACUCUCAGAUAUCUGCCUGGCAGGUUGGCAUAUCGGAUGUUCAGUCAGUCUUGAGUCUGAUCUUCGAUGCUUUGCUUGUGCGGCAACAAUUGAACAGCCAUAAUGACGCUCUGACUGUCACACUUGCAUCAGCAGCACGGACCAGAGCGAAGAGCAGAAGUGAAGUUGGAUCACUUCCGGAAACCGAGCUUCCAUCAGAAAGUCGACUUGCUCGUUGGUGCAGAUAUCUGGUCCAUUGUCUUGGUCAUGUUGUCACUGUCGGUCUCUUCUGGAUUGGGAUAAUCAUCUGGCUUGCUUUUGGUCACUACUGUGGCUGGUCCAAUGAGUGGUUCUUCUACAUCAAUACUGGGACCGCAGCUCUCUUGAUCUUUGGCUUGUCAUUUAUAGCCUACAAUCGCGAGCAACAUAACAAAUACAUGCAAAAAUGUCUGGGUUUGAUCGAUCUUGCGGAUGAGCAGCUCGAGUACAGCUUGAGAACUCUUACUGCAGAUGACAUCGAUCAUGAAAUUUCAGUAAUACCAGCACCGCAUAUCACCAAACUCCAACGCUGCAUCGACUUCUAUGCUGAUCUGGUUGGUACGCUUUCUGGUAUCGCUAUACUGGCAUUCACGCUCGUGCUUUGGGCAGUGCUUGGACCACUCAUGCAUUUUGAUGCCAGUUGGUGGUUGCUUCUUGGGACUUAUACAGGUCUUGUCGGCAUGAACGAUGGUUGUGUCUUGCGGAAUCUAUGCUUCGAUCGUAGCAGACUCGAGGAUCAUCUAUUCCAAGAGCAAUGUGCUACGGAUCAACAUCUUUUGCGUCUUGCUGGGUUGACCAAUUUCACACCCGAGCCUAGUGAGGAGGAUGUUGAUCAUAUGAGCCGCAUCUCAGCUGGCAUUGGGCAUGUCUUUUCGCACGAGAUCUCGGUCCUGCUAUUUCUCAUUUCCAUCAUCAUCAUGAUCAUCGCUGCUAGCAUUCUGCGCUGGAAUGAGCUGGGUCAACUUAUCUGCAAUGUUCCUCCUAUGAUCAUAGAGUCAUUCUUCACGUUGAUUUUGAUUACUGGUAUUGAUACCGCGAACCAGCAGCGGCGUAGGACGAUCUACAGGAUAUAUCAGACUCGAUUGACCUUGAUUUGGUCAUGUUCUGUAUUAUCGCAGACCUGA